CUUUGAUAGAGUCUGCAGCAAGGUAGAGGAGGACGUGACACACGCCUGAGAAGAGGGCAUGAGUCAUUUUAUCCAAAUUGGUAGCGUUCAUGGUCUAGACUCUGCCGUCAGUGGCCGCGCUCAGAAGCAGCAGGAGAUCACGUGUGACGCCAAGCUCUUUCGAUCCGAACGCAUCCGACGCCGACCUUGCCCAGCCACAGCGCUGCUGCCAAUCUGUCGCACCCAUGUCUGUUCCAGAUCCCCGAUCGCCCAGUCUCUCCUGGUCUUGGGCUCCUGAAUCCGCAGUGAAUCACGGUCUCGGGAUCGCAUCCAAGACAGUGCUUAUCUAGGAUGUGUUGUCUGACCCCCGUCGAAUAGGAUCCAUGCGACCCAGCGGCCCAGCCGCGCUCCUCUCUGCCAGAUGCCUCCGAUUCUGAAUGCCCCGGGCCUCGAGAACAGGGGUCUUGACAAGUUGACAAGUCGACGGACAUCAGGAGCAGGAGAGGAUCGCGCUGGGACUGUACGCUGGGGUGUGGGGUUGUGUGGGGUGCCGGCUCGUGCAUUUAAGCAGGUGCGUUGUGAUGAGAUAACUUCCCCCUCCCGCUCCAACGCACUCGCUCCCCUCGCUCUCUUUGCCCGAGAAAAUCACGCGCCAUGCAUGUCCGCACCAAGUCCCUGCUCGCCGCGGCCUCCCUCACGGUGCUCUGCGUACACUCUGCGCCGCUUCCGGGUCCGGGACAGAUCCUCCGCCCCACGGCUCCCGACGGCCAGGUUCCCAUUGUCUCGGUCCCAUGGGUUCCGCGUUUAGCGAACAAGGGUUCCCGUGUCCCUUUCCCGGCGCUGAAGCUGGAGCCGUGGGGUUGCUGAGCGGUCAGGGACGGGUUGUUAGUGUCAUCUGCAUCUCGCUUGACGCCGGAGAUAGCACUCUGUAAUACUGGCUAUUAUAUUCGCUUCUUUCUAUGCACUUCCCCUGCAAAUCUCGUUCAUUUCGAGACGCAUGUCGCGAUCUUGCAGAACAUUCUUUUCGGUCCGGAUCGGUCUGCUAAUACGCGGAUAGUCCUGAAAUCCCACCGUAAACCAUGUGAUUCUCUGACCCCAAGAUGCCCCGCCUUAACCCUGGCGACUCGUAGACAAUAUCCAAACAAUAAACGAGUUCUGGCGUAGUUUGGUCUGAGUUGAAUAGCGUAGUGUAUUGUAUCGCUUAGCGAUAGAAUCCAAGGCAAGGUUUCAACCCCCGUC